UCGAGCUGAAACCAAUAUCACCGUUGGAGCAUGCAUCAGCUCUCAAACCAUACCACAUUGGAGCACUUUGCUUAAAUUCGUUCAUGCAAUCUUCACAGCAGGUCAUCGGCUGAAUUGAACUGAUGAUGUGUAAUCGCUUCAUCGUUCCGUGACAUCAUCAUCGCAUGAUAAAUUUUGUUCGACGGGGAUCUCUUGUGCCGGAUGCCGCCGCCGCCGCCGCCGCACCUCCUCCUCCUCCGCCGCCUCGACGGCCGCGCCGCGCUCUCCACUCCCCUCCUCGACACCCUCAUCCGCGCGGCCUCCGCCUCGGCGCCGCACCGCGCCUUCUCCCUCUUCCUCCUCCUGCUCCGCUCCGCGCUCCGCCCCUCCCACCUCACCUUCCCGUUCCUCGCCCGCGCCGCCGCGCGCCUCGCCUCCCCGCGCGCCGCGCUCGCGCUCCACGCGCAGCCGCUCCGCAGGGGGCUCCUCCCCGCCGACCUCCACGUCGCCAACUCCUUCGUCCACGCGUACGCCGCCUGCGCGCUCCCGGCCCUCGCGCGCCGCCUGUUCGACGAAAUCCCCCGCCCGAACGUCGUCUCCUGGAACGCGCUCCUCGACGGCUACGCCAAGUGCAGCGACCUCCCCGCCGCGCGCCGGGUGUUCGCGGGGAUGCCCCAGCGGGACGUGGUUUCGUGGAGCGCCAUGAUCGAUGGGUGCGUCAAGUGCGGCGAGCACCGGGAGGCUCUUGCGGUGUUUGAGAUGAUGGAGGCGUCAGCGGCCCGCCAUGGGGUCAGGGCGAACGAUGUCACAAUGAUCAGCGUUCUGGGGGCUUGUGCGCACCUGGGGGACCUUGUGCGGGGGAGGCAGAUGCACCGGUACCUGGAGGAGAAUGGGUUUCCAUUCAACCUCAGACUCGCAACCUCCCUCAUCGAUAUGUACGCGAAAUGUGGGGCAAUCGUUGAGGCACUCGAGGUUUUCCAAGCUGUGCCGGUGAAGAGUACUGAUGUUUUGAUAUGGAACGCUGUGAUUGGUGGUCUCGCAGUUCAUGGGAUGAGCCGGGAGUCAGUGCAGAUGUUCCAGAAGAUGGAGCAUUCUGGGGUUGCACCGGACGAGAUCACAUACCUUUGUCUGUUAAGUGCCUGUGUGCAUGGUGGUUUGGUGGAUGAGGCUUGGAGGUUCUUUCGCUCGCUUGAAGCUCAAGGGCUGAGACCACAUGUUGAACACUAUGCUUGCCUUGUCGACGUGCUUGGUCGAGCAGGUCGUUUGGAGGAAGCAUAUGGUGUCGUUAAGUCUAUGCCGAUGAAUCCCAGUGUUUCUGUACUUGGUGCUCUCUUGAAUGCCUGUCAUCUCCAUGGAUGGGUGGAGCUGGGGGAGGCAGUCGGCAGGCAGCUUGUCCAGUUGCAGCCAGACCAUGAUGGCCGGUACAUUGGUCUGUCCAAUAUCUAUGCUGUUGCUAGGCGGUGGCAAGAGGCAAAAAAAGCGAGAAAGGUGAUGGAGGAGAGAGGUGUCAAAAAGGUUCCUGGAUUUAGUGAGAUUGAUGUUGGCAGAGGGCUCUGCAGAUUCAUUGCCCGAGAUAAGACUCACCCCAGCUCAGAAGAGAUUUAUGCUUUGCUGAAACUCAUAGCAGUGGAUAUGAAAAUGAAGGAUGAUAUCACCAUUCCAGAUUAUACCUGUAUGUACUGCUAGCAAGAUGGUUGCAACUGUGGACUUCUCUCUAAAAGAAUCACACACAAUUUGAAUUGUGCAAGGGUGUUUGCAGCUCCCAAUUCUGGCUGCAUACACUGAAUUUAUAAUUUUAUAUUGCUUUGAGGAAGUAAAACUACCAGCUACGGCCUAAUUGUGAGCAAACAUCGGAGGCAGAUAAUUGAAUUUUGAGAAGAAAUGCAUGUGAGACAUGUUUGCUAAUGACAACAGAGAUAUCGAAGUAUGGGUGCGACAAUAGUCUUAGAUGUUUCUGAGCUGCCUUUCAGUAUAAGCUAAUCAGAGCACCGAGAAAACAUUUACAAUCACAGUAACUCCAUGGUUGUUUCUGUUACAAAACAGAUAACAUAAAGCAUCUGGAUCAGCUUUCUUCAGGAGCAGUAACUUGUGUCUUCAACGACAACUUGUAUGGACUAUUUGAUCAUCAGACAGGAAAUGAAUAUUUCAAGUAUGAAAAUUUGUGGACUAUUGCAACAGAUGGGACUUUUCUUUCUUGAAAACCAAACAAGUAUGUCUGAUAUGUCACUCAUACAAAUAUGGCUGGGUCCACUGAUUGUUUGCAUGAUGCACAAGGUGAUGUUGCACUCUGAUUACUGUGUUUCUAUAGAUGGCUUCAACUGCAACUUGUAUGGACUAUUUGAUCAUCAGACAGGACAAAUGAAUAUUUCAAGUAUGAAAAUUUGUGGACUACCGCAACAGACGGGACUUUAGUUUCUUGAAAACCAUACAAGUAUGUUUGAUAUGUCACUCAUACAAAUAUUGCUGGGUCUUCUGAUUGUUUGCAUGAUGCAAAGGUGAUGUUGCACUCUUAUUACUGUGUUUCUAUGGAUGGCUUCAACUGCAACUUGUAUGGACUAUUUGAUCAUCAGACAGGACAAAUGAAUAUUUCAAGUAUGAAAAUUUGUGGACUAUUGCAACAGACGGGACUUUAGUUUCUUGAAAACCAUACAAGUCUGAUAUGUCACUCAUACAAAUAUGGCUGGGUCCUCUGAUUGUUUGCAUCAUGCAAAGGUAAGAAAGAUUGGAAGAACUACAUCGAAGCUUGCUCUACUGUGGAUUGCCUACUGAGCAACAUCCAAUGUGCCACCUCUGAAACCAUAGUAUAUAUGUCAUUCAAAAUAUGCCGGCAUGUUGCAGUGAGAAGAGAUGCCUCAAGGAACUGUAAAUGCUGGGCAAAAAAAGGAUAGUUCGUCUAAUCACGUACAGCAG